AUGAGUGACUCGAUGCCGGACUUCAAGCUAAGCGCGGUGCUCCGGGGGCACAAGAGCGAUGUCCGAGCUGUCCUCCUUCCUGAUCCUUCCUUCGCUAUCACUGCGUCUCGCGAUGGCUCCACUCGAGUCUGGAAAAGAACUGCCACCUCUCCCCCCACAUACGAUGACACGGAAUCCUCCCAUGGCGCUCAAUUCAAAACCUGCUUAGCAUACGUCCCUCCCUCCCAAGAGUUCGAAGAAGGUCUUAUCCUCUCGUCGGGCCAAGAUGGGCUUAUUGAAGCGAGACGGCCAUCUUCCACCACCGAUCAAAAUGCAGACGCUUUUAUGGUGGGGCAUAGCAAUCAAGUCUGUUCAUUAGAUGUCUGUGUCUCAGCAAAUUACUUUGUCAGCGGAAGCUGGGAUAGUACGGCAAAAGUCUGGGAGAUAGGAAGAUGGGAGGUUGCAUUCGAUCUGCCUAAUCACACCGCUACGGUUUGGGCAGUCCUGGCAUACAGUCGGGACACCAUUGUGACAGGAUGCGCGGAUCGUGCCAUCAGAGUAUUCGAUAUCCGAGGAAAGAUGCUGGUGUCCUGGGACGGCCAGGACAUCGUGCGCGCUCUUGCAAAACUUCCUGAAGGACAUUCUACCGGAGCAGAGAUUGCAUCAGCAUCCAAUGAUGGGGUUAUUCGACUGUGGACUUUGAAAGGAGAACGGAGAGCUCAAUUAUUCGGUCAUGAGUCGUUCAUCUACUCCCUGGCCGUCCUCCCGUCUGGAGAGAUUGUCAGUUCGGGAGAAGAUCGCUCAGUUCGGAUUUGGCACGGAACGAAUUGUGUCCAAGCCAUCACAUUACCAGCAAUCUCGGUUUGGAGUGUGUCUGCGUGCCCCAAUGGCGAUCUCAUUGUCGGCUCAAGUGACAAGAUGGCCAGGAUCUUCACCCGGGAACACGAGAGAAUGGCUGAUGCAGACGCCCUCGCUGCUUUCGACGAAUCGCUCCAGGCCUCAAGCAUCCCUCAGCAACAAGUCGGCCAAAUCAACGUGACCGAUCUGCCCGGACCCGAUUUCCUGCAACGAAAAGCAGGCACCAAAGAGGGUCAAAGUCAAAUCAUCAAGGAAGAUGACGGCAGUGCGUCCCUGUAUCAAUGGUCUCUGUCGCAACAACAAUGGAUCAAGAUCGGGCAGGUGGUGGAUUCAGCAGGCGCCGGUGGGAACAAGACGGCAUACCACGGAAAGGAAUACGACUAUGUCUUUGACAUUGAUAUCGAAGACGGCAAGCCUCCCCUGAAGCUGCCUUACAAUGUCACUCAGAAUCCUUAUGAAGCAGCCACCAAAUUCCUUCAAGACCAUGAAUUGCCCCUGUCAUAUCUUGAAGAGACAGCCAAUUUCAUCAUCAAGAAUACUCAAGGUGCUACCCUGGGACCGUCACAGCCGGUGGGUGCGGAUCCCUGGGGAACGGAGAAUCGUUACAGACCCGGUGACGUACCGACGCCGUCCUACCAACCGCCUCCUGCUCCGGCCAAAAAGACUCUUCCUCAAAAGGAGUAUCUGCCCGUGGUUAUCGGCAAACCAGGCGCCGCCAUGGCCCAGAUCACAAAGAAGAACGCCGAGUAUCGUGGAAGCGAUAUGAGUCUUUCGGCGAGCGACAUCCAGAAUCUGACGGCCGUGGCACAACAGCUGGAGAAAUACAAUUUCCAAGGGACCCCAUCCAUGUCUCCCUCUUCCACUCUGGGAUCUGCCGUCUCAUCCCUUAUGAAGAUUGCAACAGAAUGGCAACCUCCUGCGAACCGCUUGGCUGGACUGGAUCUUCUUCGUUUCAUCGCGGCCGCGGUGAAGGAAUUCCCUGUCACCCAUGCUGAGGGCAUUGACGUCGUCGCCAGCGUUUUGAGCAGCGAAAUCUUCGACCGGGAUUUCGUGGGCUCAAACAACAAAUUGGCCAUGAUCGCAAUGCGGUUCUUUUCCAAUCUGCUCUAUGGCUCCGUCACAGGACGAGGUCUAGUCGAAGAACACCUCGAGGGAAUCAUUGAAAGUCUCAAACACUUGUCCGCGUUCGUCUCGUCUGACAUUUCCGUUGCCAUUGCCCUGACGACUCUUUAUCUGAAUCUUGCUGUCUUCCUCACCACCAACAAGAGCUCUGGCACCGACGGCAAUGUUAGCUACGGUCUUUUCCUUGUGGAGGAGUUGUCGAACAUCCUCGGUGCUUUCCCCGCCGUCAACCAUGCCGCGUCCGCAAUCCCAUCUGCACAGUCGACGGAACCUGCCUAUCGCACCCUCGUUGCGUUGGGGACCGUCCUUGUGGGGCUUAAGCACGCAGAACUUGCGUCGGCUGCGAAGGAUAUCUUUGACGUGCCAAAUACUUUGGCCCAGUUGCGAACGAAGAAGUACUUGGACGAGCCCAGAUUUAGGACCGUCGUUGGCGAGAUUCAAGCUGUCUUGAGAUGA